UCUGUUAACGCUCAAUUCAGAUUGCUGUGAAUUUUUAAGAGAAAGGUUAAUACUAUAUUUAUAAACAAAUAACAAAUCGAUAUUAAAACGUAAAUUAAAAUGGAAACGACGAUCAGAAUAUUAAAAAUCAUUUUUGUAUUAUUGAUUCUACAGAAUUUAUCAGCAAGAUGUGCUAUUUCUACAGAUUCAGUUCACCUCAUAGAACCAGGAAAAAUUAUUAUAAAUGAUAAAGCGGGCCUGCAAGUGUUCUGCCAUAAAGCAAAGUCGAAAUAUCUUUUAUAUAUUUGGAAGACAAUAACGAUGAAUUUGAAUAUUAACCGGGACACGUAUGAUUUGUAUGAUGGCAGCACGCCUCAAGAAGUAUUUGAAAAACAUUCUAAUAAUUUGGGAUUUUGGAGAUUUAAUUUUUUCAAUACAAAAAAACAAAAAUCGUUUCAAUUAGAUCCUUUCCAAACUACUUGCAUUGGUGUUUAUACUUCUAAGUAUGAAGGAUUACAAUAUACUAUCAGUAUGACCCAAACACGUGCGAAUAUCUGGAAAAUCUUAAUGGCUGUGAUUGGAAUUGUAUUGUUUUGGUUUGCUAAAAGACUGAGUCAUAAUCCAUUAUUCUAUUACUUAUGUGGCAUUAGUCUUGGAGUUACAGCUUCGUGUUUAAUAUUAAUAUAUUUUGCUGGUAAAUUAUUUCCACGAGGAAAGUUUAUGUACUUAAUGCUUGCUACUGGUUGGACGAUGAGUUUCUAUAUUGGUCAAAUGAUAUAUGAAAACACGCAGUUGAUAUUAUUACAGUACAGAGAUUACGUUAUGUGGUAUAUUCUAAUAACUUCGCUGAUAAGUUUUCUUAUUUGUUAUCGCUUUGGUCCAAUAACUAAUACUAAAACAAAACAGAUUAUACAGUGGUUCUUACAGGGUUUAGGUUUAAUAUCCAUUUACUAUAGCAGCUAUUUCUACGAAGCAUCAUUUUUAAGUUGCAUAGUACUCGUUCUUCUUUAUAAUUUUCCGGUUGCUGUGAUAUAUAAAGGAAAAAGAUAUUGGAAAAAUAUGUUUCCUGAAAAAAGAAAGCUAUUAACAGAUGAUCAAUAUCGUAAAGAGGCUAUACAAGAGACUAAUAAAGCUUUACAAGAUUUACAACAUUACUGCUGUAGUCCCAAAUGUAAUCCAUGGAAAACAAUUUUGAAAUUGAAGGAUCCCAUAAGGUUCGCCAAAUUUAUGGAAGGAGAUUCACAUUUGUCAGAUGAAGAAUUGAAAGAACAUGAUGCGGAAAUAACAAGAAUCACCGAAGAGUACGAAUAUACGGAUGACGACGAUGACGACGAUAAUAGUUUUUGAUAUAGGUAGUGUUGUUUUGUCUUUAUAUGAAUAUUUAAAAGCACAUAAACACGUGAUCGAAGGAAGUACAAAAUGGAAUAUUAAUUUUAUUGUUACAAUGACAGAACAUUUAUAUAAAUGAAAAAAAUAAGCGUUCGAUGCAAGCUAUAGAAGAAAAAAGAAUCAAGCAGAUUAUAUUUAGUUACAAUUCGUUCCCUUUAAUUUAUUUAAAUAAAUAUUAAAGAAUCGAUUCUAACUUCCAAGAGUGCGAUCUUAUCUUCUUAUGCAAUUAUGUACUUUAGAAAUUUCUGAAUUGAAGUAUCAUGUUUAAAGAGAGAGAUUUUAUUCUCUUACAAAUUCUUUAUUAUUUUUCGAUGCAUUUACAUCUUUAUUCCACGAAUGAAAAUUUUUCAACAAUAUGAUCUUUUAAAAUGAAUCAAUCCAGUUAUGAUUUCUAAAGAUUAACAUUUGAAUAUAUGAUUUUGUCUUCCUUUAUCCGUGUUAUGUAAUUGUUGCGUUAUUUAACGAGAGGGAAAUAUAAUUUUGUAAAGAAAAAUAUUAAAAAGAAAAGAAUGAAAAAUGUCGAAAACCAAAAUGAGAAAAAAAAUUAAAAAAAAAAAUCACAAA